AUGACCGACUCUGAGAAAUACAAGGCAGCUGUGAUCACGGCGGCCCGCCAGCCGAUCGAAAUAUGGGAAUAUGACUACAUUGAUCCGCCUGCUGGAUGCAUCAAUAUCGCCGUUGUUCGAGCUGGUGUAUGCGGUACCGAUCUUCAUCUAUGGCAGGGAGACAGCACGGAUGACGAGCCCUUUAUCCUUGGACAUGAAGGGUUGGGCCGGGUCAUUGCCUUAGGAGAAGGAGUGAAAACUGACCAUAGUGGGGCGCCUAUCGCGGUGGGCGAUACUGUCUACUGGAACCCGAUCCGGCCAUGUUACGCCUGCUUCGACUGCACGAUUCAACGCGACCUCACCGGCUGUAGAAACGGCACCUUCGUCUCUCCCGCCCGGAACAAGACCACCUGGGCUAGCUACACACAGGUUGCGACCCUGCAACGGAGCAACAACUUUUACCGCGUGGAUCCAAGCGUGCCCCUAGAUGCUUUUAUUGCCCUUGGAUGUGCCCUGCCAACCAUGCUGAAGGGUCUGGAGAACAUGGGCCCGAUUACGCGCGGCUCGGCUGUGCUGGUCCAAGGGUGCGGUGCUGUCGGGCUGGCCGCUACUUUCCUGGCCAAGAUUGCUGGGGCGCGGGCCAUCCUCUGUAUUGAGGGGAACCCGGAACGCCGGAAGAUGGCCAAAAAGUUCGGGGCCACGGAGGUGCUAGACAUGAAAAGCGCCGAGUACCGAAGCGCCGAGGCGCGUGCCGCUCGCAUACAGGAGAUCGUUGGACCGCGGGGUUUGGAAUUGGCCAUUGAGUGCAGCGGGCAUGCAUCCGCCGUGGAAGAGGGACUGUCUUUGUUGGGUCGGAACGCUCGGUAUCUGCUGGUUGGAACUUGGGCCGGUGCUGGAACCGUGCCGCUGUCUCCUUUCGAGACCGUUCACAAGGCUUUGAAGAUCAUCGGAACGACCUAUGCUUCCCCCGAAAAUUAUUACCAGGCGGCACGUUUGGUGGAGACCAACUAUCGGGAAUUCCCAUUUGUCGACUGCGUGACGCAUCGGUUCCCUCUCACCCGCGUAUCAGAGGCUCUCGAAACAGUGGCAGGGGGAAAGGCAGUCAAGGUUGUUAUUGAGCCGCAGGCGGAGUGA